UAUCACUUCGUCGACCUCGUAACCCGAUCACGGCAUUAGCGGCCGCCCGUGGCCUCGAGCAUCCAACAUCCACUGCUUCUCUGUUUGUGCGUUGGUCCAGUCCUUAUCGACGAUGUGAACCUUUUCUCUCCCUUACUUAGCAAAAUAAGGAGUUCACAACUUGUUUGGGAUGUUGAACAUCACAUCCGCGACGACGGUUACCGUGCGAGAUGUUGACGUUCAUCGCGGAGCUCCUCAUCCUCGGAGCUUCCCUGAUCUUACUCGUUUACUUUGUUUUCCUUCAUCCACCGAAGUACCCGGCCAACAUUCCCGCCAUCCCUUUCUGGGUGGCGCUCAUCCCCUUCUUCAAAGACGUCGAUCAAUCCGACAUUUUCCACCGCUACAUUGAGCAGCCGCUCAGGAAGCAUGGCGCGGUGAAGUUGUUCUUUGGAGCUCAGUGGAACAUUCUGGUCCACAAACCGUCUUACCUCGCCGAAAUCUUCAAGGAGGAAGACGUCUACCAGAAGAGCGGAAACCAGAAAAAAAUCCCCCACAGUGUGCUUGCUCAGUUCCUCGGCGACAACAUCAUCUCCAGUCAUGGGGAUGUGUGGAGGAACUAUCGGUCCGUGGUCAAGCCAGGGUUGCAGAGGAACUUUGAAACAGACACCAUCGCCAGCAACGCGAGCAAGUUGUGUGACCUUCUGCGAGAUGCGCAGCAUCGGGUUGGAAAGGGGGGUGUCGCUGUGCAGGAGCUCCUCCAGCGGUACUCGGUCGCCAACUGCUCCGAAGUGGUGUUACAGACCAACCUCGAUGCUCUGACCUCGGCCAGCGCCCCCAUCAACGUCUUACAGAGCGCGGUGAAGCGAGAGAUCUUCAACCCUGUCUUCAUGAACUUUCCCGUUCUAGACAGGCUGCCAUUGCCCAGCCGCACUAGAGCUCGCCGGAUGGUCGACGGUUUCAAGAACGAGCUCAAACGUGCUCUCCUCGAGAGCCACAACAACGACGGACCCCUGCCGCCGCCCGUAAAUCCGCCCCUGGAUGGCUUGGGACGACGGAUGCUAGACGCCAAGGCAUCCGGGCAGUGGACCGAACAGCAGCUCCUUGACAACCUGACCGUAGCCUUUGUGGCGGGCCAGGAGAACCCCCAGCUGUGCAUGAUCUCAACGCUGUAUCUCUUGGCGAAGCACCCGGACGCACAAACCAAGCUCUACACCGAAAUCCAGAGCAAAGCACUAGACCACACCCAUCCCGACCCAGAGAUCCUUCAAGACAUGCCCUUCCUGACGUCAGUCAUCUACGAGUCACUCCGCCUGUUCCCGCCCAUCGGCCAACUGGUGAACCGAAAAGCCAGCGAAGACGCCCUGCUCGGCGGGGACCUUGUCGUACCAAAGGGGACGUACCUGGGCUACCACUGCUACUCGACCAACCGGGACCCGGCAGUGUGGGGGCCCCGGGCGGACGCCUUUGAUCCGGACCGCUGGGGGGACUCGCCGGCGGCGAUCCACAAGCAGUACCGGCUCAGGAGAGCCAAGUCCGAGUUUAUCAGCUUCCACGGAGGUCGGCGUGCGUGCUUGGGGGAGAAGUUUGCGUUGUUGGAGAUGAGGGUCACGCUGGUCUGGCUGGUUCGCGAGUUUACUUGGACAUUGGACCCUGGAUGGGUGGAUAGGAUGACGCCGGUGACUCCGUAUCCUACCGAUUACUCCAGGACAGGGUUCACAGGGAGAAGUGUGAUCAGCUCAAAGGCAGGGUGCCCUUUCUGCGCAGGUGAAACUCGAGAAAGGAGGCCUCCGAGGUUGUCGGUCCAAUCCGAAACCCUCGACGGGAGUGGACAGGCGCGCCCAACAAACACAAGCGUAAUACAGGACUGCAAGACGCAGGAGAGAACUGCCGUCAUCGCCAACAACCAGUCAAUACCACAGGCUGAGCAGACGGCUUUCGACAAGUUCUUUCUGCAGCUGAUCCUCGACCAGGCAGAUCUCUCUGUUGGGCCCCGAUGCCAACAGGCUGUCGAGACCGAGUCAACGACGCAGAGAGUCGUGGACCUCUUCAACAGCUAUCUCAGGUACGAGGGCAAGGACGACAAGUGGGCGGACACCGGCCGGACAUACUUCACUGAGCGUAUUCGGCACUUCACCACUCGAAACCUAACAAUUCAGUUUUGUUUGCCUGCCUUUCCCUGCAAGUCCUCCAACCUCGACAAGGUGACAGGCCGAGACCCUGACCGUGGCGAGGAGCUUGCCCUGGAGCGCCUCCACGGCUUCAUCGAGACCAUUGAGCGCAUCUACGAGCCUGGUGCAAAGCUCUGGAUCAUCAGCGACGGCCAUGUGUUCAGCGACUGCAUCGGCGUGGACGACGCUGAUGUGGAUGCGUACGGUCAGAAGCUCAAGGAGAUGAACCUUCUCAUCGGCCGGCGGAGAGGCGAUGUUGGGCGUGUCGGAUUCAAGUCGCUGGUUGAUCUGUUCCAACUCGGGACACUCAAUCCCGACCGCGAUCUUUCGGAACUCGCCUGCCAGCUCAACAUUCCGGGCAUUGCCCAUCACGUCAAGACCGAGGUGACCGAAGAAGCCGAGCUUUGCCGGCGUAUCUUGAUGGCUGGAUGCGGCCCGCAACAGGCAGCUGUCCGAGCCAAGAUUGACUCCAAGGAUGCCGCCAUCACGGCCCUCUACCGCGGCUUUUCCCGGUUCAUGCUCGAAGACCUGGAGCAUCACCCGCACGCCAAAGCCAUGACGAGGUCUCAGCAGAAGAAGCUGUCCGCCAAGGUGGCAUUCGAGAUGAUUUUGCGCAACCAAGCAUACUCCAACCUGGUCGAGAUGCUCUUCCCAAACCACGUCCGCCUGUCUAUCCAUGCGCACAACAACGCCGGCCCAAAAUUCGGCAUCCAGCUAUUCGACCCGGCCCAGACCCGCGCCGUGGCCGCUCUGUCGCCCGACGGGGAGCUCAUGACGUCCCUCGACCUGCUGCACAUCCCCACGCCGUGGCACAACUGUGUGGUAGAGUUCGCCGGCAGCGAUGUCGUCCUCGUCACCAAAGCCAAGCUCGCGCGGGCGGCAUUGUCAGCGGGUAGCAUGACAGGCGGGCUGGUCAGGACGGGCGAGGGGGCUGCGUACUUUUCACUGCAAAGGAAGGACGCCGGAUCGAUUGCUGCUGCGGCCGUCGAGGCUGCAGAGGUGCAGGCUGAGACGAAGGAGGAAGAUCGCCCGGUUACCGUUACCAUGACCACCGUCAAAGCGGAGGAGAAGGGUGUCCCUGUCGGGGCGGGCGAGCAACUGCAGAGGCGGACGACCUUGUCCGAAAAGGCCGACGCCGUAGUAACGGCUGUCGUUCGACGGAACAAGGGCGGUGCGUAUGCCAGUGAGCCAUUCCGGCCCACAAAGCGCGAUUCGUGGCUGCGGCGGCUGCGUUGGAUCUUGUCGCUCUUUUGGCCGAAGGGGUUGUAGAGGACUACUAUUAACGUUACUGCAAAUUGCGGAUGCUGAGUGAGGGAGUUUUUCCCAGGGCUGCGUUCCUUCCCUCGCCGAGUCCACUCAUCGGUACAGCGUCAUUUUGAGCUAGUUGAUUAUCUUAUUUUGUCAUCAGAAGAAGUCGUUAAUGAACUUUGGAUCCGAGGCCACUCGGAACUGGAAAAAACGUGACGAGGUUGUUGGAGCAUGUUACCU